CUCCGUCAGCGGUUGGGGGGUCCACCCCAACAUGCAUCGGGCCACUUAGAGAGACCAGCUAGACCUGGGUGCAUCGGGCCAUGGCAGCUAGGCCUCCUUGCAGGCCGAAUCGCUCCACCGAGCUCCACGGCGGUUCGCGGGUGUUCUCUCGGGGCCUUCAUCUGGUGGUCGCAGGUGAUGCCAGCCACCAACCCACUCGGGAGCGCCGCAUCGGAAAGCGCCUGCCCCGUCCGUGCCGGUGGGGACGACACCAGGUUCCUUGCAUGUGUCAACAACAAAGGCGGCGAUGGUGGCGUCAGCGACGACACGUGCUCGGUCUUGAUGCGCGUGGAGGCCCAAGGCAUCCCUGUCGUUUUGGCCACUGGCCGUCCAUUUGAGAAGGCCAAGGCCACCUUGGAACGCGCGGGCCUGCGGCACUAUGUGCUCACUGAGAACGGUGCCCGGGCGAUCAGGAUCGCCGAUGGGCAGGCGGUCUGGGAGACCUGGUUAGAAGGCGCUGAGGUGGCGAAGACCUUGCGCCAACUCAAGGAAGCGAUGCCUUCUGUCUUUUUUGCGCAGCUCACGGCGGCUGAAGGACUCAUCGAGGAGAAGCACCCCUGGUUGGAGGAUGAAGAACAGCGGCAGGCAGCAGAGAAAAUCUUCAGGAGAAAAGUACCGGAUGUCGUUCAAGAUGUGGAAAAGGGCUGCAAAUGCGCCAAGACCUAUGUUCACCUGCCGGAGGCCCUGGACUUCGGUGAGGCCAUGAAGCAGGUGAAGGCUGUGGUGGGUGAAGCCUGGGAGGUCCGCGAGAUCAAGCAGCUCUUGCCAAAGAUGCGGAACUGCUGUGAGGUGCAGAGCUCGCGGGUGAACAAGGCCGACGGCCUUCGGAACCUGUGCCAGGUGGCUGGGAUCCCACUGGAGAAUGUCUGGGCCUUCGGCGACGAUGCCAACGAUGUGCGCAUGCUCAGCGAGGUGGGCUGGGGCGUGAGGAUGGCAAAUCAUCUUCCCGCACUGGCGGGGAUAGGCCAUGACACCACCGAGCACACCAACGAGGAGGAUGGUGUUGCCAAGUAUCUGGAGAAGCACCUCUUGAAGAGCUCGAGCGAGACUUGACGCCGCAGAGAGAAAA